UUGCAACUGCUGAAGCUUUGAUUCAACAUGGAACAAGAGAUGAUGUAGGCUUAUUGUAUGUUGAUCUUGGAACUAAAUACAAAGAAUGUAUGCGUGAUAUGAAGGGCAGAGCACCUGGUCUUACAUGUAAAGUAGGGCUAAGUAGUCUACGCCCUCUUGAAAAGGGUGGUUUAAAUAUACCCUUCAACCCUAGGGGAGUAGGAUGUGGGGCCUCUAUGCGAGCAAUGUGUAUAGGACUGCGUUAUCCAAAAGAAGAAGAUAUUGGUCAACUGAUUGCCGUUGCCAUGGAAUCGGGGAGAAUGUCACACAAUCAUCCGACCGGUUACCUAGGUGAACAGUACUUAAGUGUAAGGGGCCAGUGGUCAUUAUGCUUCAAUGAUCGCCAUGAUGCUUUACUCUACUGUGCUGGAAGUGACUGGGUGAAACUAUGUGAACAUGGUGCAUUACAUGGUGGUGACUCUGAUAGCACGGGUGUAAUGGCUUGCUGCUGGUUUGGUGCACUCUAUGGAUUUCAAGGUGUACCAGUGUGCAAUUAUAAAGAUUUAGAGUAUAAACAACGACUCAUGGACUGCGCUGAUGGGUUGUAUGCCUUGAGUCAGAUCUAA